GUAAAGUUGUGUGAGUGUGACACACCAGAUGUUUUUUUUUAUUAUUGAUUUUUUCAAAACUAUUGUAAAAAUUUGUAUAUAAUUUAGAAUGGUUUUAUUAGUAAAGUGUGUACACUCCAGAUGAGAUCAAAUUAUAUAUACUAAGUAUGAAUAGUUUGAUUGGGCUUAUGCAUAAAAUAAAAUGUUAAAAAAUGAAUAAAAGCCUAUGACUAAUUUAACCAUGCCCUUGGAAGAAAGGAAAAUUUUAUAGCUAAAUAACAGAAGAUGACUAAAAUUCCAUGGAACUAAACUAUGCGUCAAUUUUAUUUUAACAUAUCUAAUCUAAAAGAAACAACUGAUAGUAGAGAAGAAAAAAAAGUUUAUUAAGGCUAACUCAAACAAUUGUGUUGUAAACCUGAAAAACACGUUAUAAAGCCAAUGUACAAUAGUGGACCAGCCUUUGAAGUAUUCAUCGAGUCGUGUAUUUAAAACAAUUUAUUCGUUCCAGAGAGGUUUUCUUUUUAUAGUAUAUUGAAUUUCAAUUUCAUGAAUUAUAUGGCUGAUUUAAAAACAACUUGCUCUUACCCUGCUACUGCACAUCCUCUACAACCUGCUUUUAACCCAUCUUAUUGUGGUUAUGGUGGACCAGGAGGUUAUCCUCCCUCACAAGGCUAUCCACCUUCCGGGUACCCACCACCUGGAGGCUAUGGACCUCCUCAGGGAGGUGGAUAUCCACCAGCACAGGGUGGUUAUGGGCCCCCGCAAGGUGGUUAUCCACCACCGCAGGGUGGAUAUCCACCAGGGCCUGGAUUCGCACCUCCUCCAAACCAGGCAGCCUACCCAUCUCCUGGAGGUUAUCAGCCUGCUCCGAACAGUUAUCCCCCUCCAGGUGGCUACGGUGCUCCAACUGCACCCAUCUCUACACAACCUACUUCUGCAGCUCAGGAUGGAUGGAUGAGCUCUCCCCAGGUAAGGCCUGUUAAUUGUCCACCAGGUUUGGAAUAUCUUACCACAAUCGAUCAGCUGCUCGUCCACCAAAAAGUUGAACUUCUCGAAGCCUUCACUGGAUUCGAAACACAAAAUAAAUUCACUGUCAAAAAUAGCCUUGGGCAAAAAGUGUUCUAUGCAAUGGAAGAUUCGGGAUGCCUUACUCGCUGCUGUUGUGGACCGUGGAGGCCAUUCGACAUGAAGAUUUUAGACAAUUUCAGAAACGAAGUUAUUCAUCUCUAUAGGCCUCUUGCUUGUGAUAGCUGUUGUUUUCCAUGUUGUUUACAGAGAUUGGAAGUUUAUGCACCGUUGGGAACUCUCGUAGGAACAGUGGAGCAGGAAUGGAGUAUUUUGACACCUCAAUACAGUGUGAAAAAUGCUGCUGGUGAUACAGUUUUAAGAAUCGAAGGACCAUUUUGUACUUUCACUAUCUGCGGUGAUGUAGAAUUUAAGGUACUGACAUUGGAAGGAGCAGUUGUUGGUAAAAUUACCAAACAGUGGUCCGGACUGCUGAGAGAAAUGUUCACUGAUGCUGACUAUUUUGGUAUAACGUUCCCGAUGGAUCUUGACGUCAAGAUAAAAGCAGUCAUGCUUGGAGCCUGCUUUCUUAUCGAUUAUAUGUUCUUCGAAAAGAAAGGCAAUAAUGAGAGGGACCGACCAGGAAUGUUUUAAAUUUUCAACCAGGUAUAAUCAUAUAAUUAAUAUACAUAUAAUUGUUCUUGUACUACAAACCAUGUUAACUAUAACUAAGCGUACAAAAUGUCUAAAUUACAUUCAUCGUCAUCAGAUUAACAAAUAAGCUAUUCUAGAGUGAUAGAAUCUCAGUAACAUUGUAUGAUCUGUCUACUGAUAAGGCUGAUUAGCUAACAUUUAUUUUUGUGGGAGGAUUAUUUUUUUAAGCAGCUCAACAAAAUGUUGAAGGAAAGAUAGAGGUAUGUAUUAGUUGUUUUCUUCUUAACCAAAGAUUGUACUUCCAUCUUUUUAGGAUAUACUAUCUUCCUCGUUAGGUUUACAUUCACAUUUUAAAGUAUUGUUAAAGUAUUUUUAUUCAUUUUUGUCCACACAAAUUCUAGGUGCUAUUAAUGAUAUUCUCAAAUUAUAUUAUUCAAAAUUUAUUUUAUCUAUCAUCUUUGUGCGUAUAUAUAUUGUUAUGUAUAAUAUUUUUUUAAAUAUGUAAUCAAUAAAAUUUUUAUGUAUCGUUUGUUAUUAACUAUGUUGUUUUGUUUUAUAUAUUCUAUAAGAAAAAAAUACUGUUAAUUAUUAAAAGUUUUAUAAUCAAAAGUUAAUUGAAAAUACAUGAAUGUAUUGCUUUUCAUAUUUUUCAUGAUGCAUUUUUACUCACUGUAUUCGUUUGUUAGGUUAUAGGGAAGUGUCUUUGAAAAAUCACUUUUUUGAAAUAUGCCUAAGAUAUUAUAAACUCUUAUUAAGUGUUAUCACUGUAUGAUUAUUAACUAAGUAUGGAUGUUCUUGUGUUUUAAGUUGAUUUGUCAUGCUUAAAUGUAUCGUCUGAUUCAAUAAAAGCAUUGUUGAAUUAA